AUGACUUCAAACUAUGUUCAUUCAGGUUUGUCCAAUGCCUCCACGUACAACCCCCCUGGUCAACUUCCGGCGUCCCUUAAGGUAUUUAGAGACCUGACUCUUAAAGAUCUUGACAAUCUUAACAUUAAGAAAGUGAGAUGUAAAUUAAGUUUAGAGGAGGGUAUUAAGUCUUUAUGUGCCAAUAAGAAUCUCGUUAUCCGCCCUGCGGAUAAGGGGGGAGGUAUUGUAGUCUUAAAUAAAGACGAUUAUUUAUUGGAAAUGAGACGUAUCCUUGAUGAUGGUGACACUUAUACCCGCCUCCCCCUCAAUCCGGGAGACAGGUACAAGAAAGCCCUUGUCAAGAUUGUAAAUAAAGGCUUUCGCCUCAACAUUUUAAAUAAAAAAGAGAAGGCAUUCUUGGUCCCUAAGGCACCUCGGGUGCCUAUAAUGUAUUAUCUUCCAAAGAUUCAUAAAGACCCUAUUUGCCCCCCGGGACGCCCUAUUGUCAGUGGCAUCGACUCGGUGACGUCCCGGGUGGGCAAAUAUAUUGACUUUUUUCUUCAGCCUCUGGUGAGGAAUAUGCCUUCGUACUUAAAAGACACCAGACAGGUCAUAAAUCUGUUGUCAGAUAUUCAGUCUACACCAGAUUUGUGGUUAGUGACGGCUGACGUCACUUCCUUGUAUACCGUGAUCCCACACGAUCUGGGAUUGGAAGCCGUCUCUUUUUUUCUUGAAAGGGACUCAGGACUUCCAACUGUUCAAAUCUCCUUCAUCAUGGAGUUAUUGCAAUAUGCCGCAUCCCACAACUUCUUUUGGCAUGAUGGCCAAUUUUACAGGCAGGAUAAGGGAGUGGCGAUGGGGGCUAAAUAUGCCCCGAGUUUGGCCAAUCUAUUUAUGGCCAAAUGGGAGGAGGAUGUCGUCGAUGUCGGUACUAGGUCCCAUAUUCGGUUAUGGGCGCGGUACAUAGACGACAUCCUCCUCCUUUGGACAGGGUCUGAGGAUGAACUAUCUACCUUUAUGACAUUCCUCAAUACAAACAAUAGGGGGAUCAUACUCAAAUAUGAGGCCAGUAAGGAAAGAAUUAAUUUCUUGGAUCUAACUAUUUCUGCAGAUCAAGAUGGUUUCACCACUGCCACCUAUUUUAAAAGCACGGACAGGAAUGCCUUCAUUCCAAGUGACAGUUAUCAUCAUGCCACUUGGCUUAAAGCUGUGCCUAAAGGACAAUUCCUCCGUUUGAAAAGGAACUGCAGUAAACAUAGUGUUUUUCUUGAUCAGGCUGGGGUUCUAACAGAACGCUUUGUUGAAAAGGGUUAUGAUCGAAAUUCUUUGAUUGACACAUUGGACCUGGUGACCAAAACCAACCGCGAGGAUUUACUUUGUGUUCAACCCCGAGAUGAUCAAGGGGGUAAUUUUAGAACCCCUUUUGUCACCGAUUAUUGUUGCCAACAUGCCAGUGUUAAACACAUCAUCAGUAAACACUGGCAUGUACUCAAGAGUGACAAAAUCUUGGGUGCCAUACUACCUGAUAGACCCCGGGUCAUCUUCAGGGGUUCGACAUCUUUGAAGGACAAGCUGGCACCCAAUGUUUUAGAUCCACCCAGGAUCCCUUCUAUGUUUUUAUCGGGCCUGGUGGGUUUCUUCAAAUGUGGCAAAUAUAGGAGCAGCCUUCCAAAUGUUUAUAACAGAAUAGAUAAGGUCCAUCUCUGUGAAGAACAGAGAAGCGACAGCAACUCUACAGAGAACAAAGCCAAGUUUUUAGCCGUUCAGCCUGGCCUAAAUGAGUGCUGUGAUGGGGAACCUACUGAAGAGCUCCCAGCUGACAGAGCAGACCUGCAGGAUCUCGGUGAGGAUGGAGAGAGUGCAGCUAAAUGCUGCAGCACUCUACAGACACAAGCUAUAAUGGAAUCUGUCUUGCUACUCCGAGACAAUAAUAAACCAUUGGAUGUCUGCAGCCAAGAUGCAAACCAGCAGACAGACUGCAGCCAUCAUAAAUCUGGAGAAGGUACAAGUGAAGUAGUUUAUAUUGUAAUAGAUAAGACAGACACUACAGAGAACAAGCAAGGUGUCCUAAUAAAUGAGACACACGCAAAGGAAUCCCAACUGUUUCCUCUGACUACAGAACAAUUAAUAAAUGGGCAUAGUACAGAUAAAGAGGACCCUGCAUAUGGAGACAGCACAGGCAGCUUGUCUUGGGAUAAGAAUAACGAUUCUUCUUCAGUUCAGAAUUGUGGCACAUCAGAGUUGAGCACGGCUUCUUGUCUCAAUAAUCAAAAUACACCGCCUAAAAUAGAACUAAUGAAUGUGGCACAAGAGAGCAACCCUCGAUUUUGUGCAGAUUCUUCACUUUCUAAGCAAAUAGAGAAAGAUAACCAAAGCCUAUUUGUAGAAGAUACUACCAAACACUGUGAGGACAUAGGAAGGCCCAGCUGUGGCACAACAGCAGAAAAUAAGAGCAGAAUAGGCCAGGAGCAGAUUUUGGGUUCAUUGCCAAGCAAUGCUCCAAACAGUGACGAGGAACCAGUAAAAAAUAUUCAUUUGCAGUCUCCUUCAGAUCAUAAGCAGGACUGCCAAGGUUCUUGGUCAAAUCUGGAGAACACGGAUGUCUCAGAAGUUAAAAAUUUACUUGGAGAUCGGAGAGAAAUGUGUCCCCUAGUGAGGGAAGAAGAUGAAAAGCUUGAAGGAUCAAACAUAAGUGAUAUCAAUUAUAGAAGAGGAUUGCUUGCCGAUGGACAUAAUGUCAAUAUUUGUCAGGUAACAGAGAGCGGUGAACCACUGAGUGAGGAGAAAGAUAAUAUCAAUGUGGGGAAUAACGCGCCUGUUAAUUUCACACUUGAAGAAAGUAGCGGACAAACUGUACAAAAGCUUUUCACAAAACCUGUUGGGUCCUCCACAGAAAUAGCCAAAACAAACUCACAAAGAGAAAGGAUAACCAACAUGUCUGACAACUCAGCAAAACGACUUUGUUUAUCCAGAGCCAACCCAUGGAAUAGUCAGACUUCAAACAAACCAUCCAGCAGUUUGGGCAAUUGUACACUGCCAUAUUUAUCGAGUCGAGAUACGUGCAGCAAAGCUGAAAUAGGUUCAUCAAUUAAGAGGCUGGCAUUUGACAACUUGUCCAUGAAUGUCCAACCAGUUCCCAGGAAGGAUCACAGUGCAGAAUGGAAUGCAAUAGCUCAGACGUUUCACAAUUCCCCUUUUCCCACAGAAGGCUUUAAUGUGAUUGAAAAGCAAAACCGCAGCUUCAGCGACUUGGCAGCAGCUCUUUCUACAGGCCUAAGCAUUGCACAGACUAAAGCACAGCAUGACUCGGGUCAAAGCAAGGCAGAGAGCAGCUCACGCUUCAGCAUACAGCAUCAGAUAAAUGCUAUUGAGACCUUUCUACAGUACCACAGCCUACGUGGAUCAAAGAGGAAGCUGGAAGAUUGCAGCGAGACCAAGGAGCCCAAAGAAAAUGGCACUUCUGAAGGUGACGCCAAAGAGAUGUAGAAAUGGAAUGAUCUAAAUGCAGACAACAUUUUACCAACCACCCAUUGUGUUUUGUU